UUCAACUUUCAUUUUUUAUAGUGUUCCGUUCCGUUGUGUCAUCGGCAAUAAAGGCCAAGUAUCGUUUAAAAAUCGUCAAAGCUACCCUCACCUGGCAGGGAAAUAAAGCUGUAUUUAAGCACGUAGCUGCUGGAUUUAUCGAAAUUGAUGAUUUAACUGCCAGGGUUGAUUAUGUUGUCAAAGAAGUUCAGAAAACCUGGGGAGAGAUGUACACAGUAGUUACAAAUGACGGAUUACAAUUAGUUGACUCGGAGGCUACAAAUGGUUUGGCAUUCUGGAAAAAUCCACGAAGGAAGAUAUAUGCUGUGGUGAAGGAUAGUAUGAAAGGUAAAAGUCACAGUCGUAAUGAGCCAUCGUCAAGUAUUUCACAUGAUUCGGAUUCUGAUGAUGAAUUCCAACAAAGGAGGAAGAAAAGUCGUAUUGAAGGAAAGAUUAACAGACUGAUGGAAGACGUAUUUACUCUUAAGGAAAGUGUCUCUGAAGUGAUGCAAGUAUCAAAAGACACUAAAAUACCUUUAGCACUCAAGAAAGUACUUUGUGAUUGUUUUAAGUGCAAGAUAUGUCACAUUGUGCCCAUCAAUCCUCCUGUUAUUGUAACAAAGUGUUGCAAAACAAUAAUAGGGUGCGAAAUCUGUGUCAAUUCAUGGUACAGUGGGCCUGACGCUUUAACAAAGGCCUGUCCCAGCUGCCGUGGAGAAAGGGGGUAUAACGAAACAAUGGUCAUUCGAGGCAUUGAUGACUUUUUGUUUGCUAUCAAAAAAACAGUGCCAGCAGAUGAGGAUGGAAGUGAUGGUGCUCCUCUUGAUGAUUAAAUAACAAGUAACUGGUCUUAUCAUUGCAAUAACUCAUUUAUUCCGAAUGUAACUAUGUAUUCAUUUCUUCAUUUAUGCUAGGUGUCGUUUAAUGAUUCAUUUAUUCAAUAUGUCACUUAUUUAAUUCUUCAUUUAA